UAAAUUGAAAGAAGAAGAAGACGACUGGCGAACCGAAUGGCGCCCGCUAAAUGAAAACAGAAUCGCACAACACGUGGAUAUGUUUAGCAUAUAGACAACGUUUUCUAUUUUUUUAAUUUAAUUUUUUCCAGUUCUUUUGUGUUCGUGCGUAAUCUGCUGCAGAUAUUUCCGGUAUUUCAAAAGCACCCGUCAAGGCUGCGCGAAUCAUUGAUAUUCGACAUCACGCAAGUCUCCCGUGGUAGGAAUACAUGAUAAUUUACCAGAUCAGUGGAUUCAAGUAUGGCUCUCGGUAGCGAAGACGACACAACCCAGCUUGCGUCGCCGAGCACGCGGGAGAAUGCGCCGGUUGUGGCGCACGUCGGCGAUCUGAUCGACAUUGAUCCGCACUCGGAGCUCAUCUUCGAAACUCCGCCGCCUGAUGUUGUUGACUCUAUCAACGAGUGUUUUGAGCAGUUCACCAGCACCGUGGAGAAAAGAAGUGAUGCUACACCCCACAACCUUUCCUCGGACAGUGACUCUGGUGAAAGCUUGUUUAUAACACAGUCUAGGACUAAAGCAGUCCGAACUGAAAGACGACUUCGAUCAUCUAAGAGACCAGAGUCCGUCUCUGAUGAUUCUGGUAAUGGGAGAGAGAAUGAAGACACUGAACAUGAGAGGGGAAGUGGAGAUCAACGUGUGGAGUGCCCAAAGAGAAGAAAGAGUUUAAUCUAUCUUCCUCCUCGAAGAAUUACCUUUCCAUUUCUGUUGAAAUCACUCAGACGACAGAACCUGUCCUCAAAAAAGAGCCAGAUUCUAGAGAACUCAGAAAUGGGAGGGUUCUUAAAAUGCAUAAGGAAAAUUGAGGAGGGUUGUGUGAACACAGGAAGAGCAAUCAGUCCAUCUUUACUGGAGUCUGAACUAAGCGACAACUCUGAGGGGGACGACCACAACAGUGAUCAUGAAGUCACAAAAGUGGAUCGAUCCAUUUUUGUUCCAAGUUACUUUAAAGGAAACAAACAAAAAUGGCUUCCACAAUCCUUCUUGGAGAUGAGGAUCCAGGAUUUAGUUUCAGAUGACAGCGAAGAGCAGCUAGUGAACACCAAAGGAAAAGAGAAGAAAAGAAAAACUAAAUCUACAGAGAAAAACAAGGCUAGUGCUUCUUUUAAAAAACAAUCAGACAGUAAACUCAAAGCUCCCAAAAGCAGAGCUACAGUCAGGACAUCAUCAGAAUCGUCUGAUGACUCUCUCUUUAUGGAGCAGCAAAAACAACAUGAGACGCAUGAGGUUCUAGCUUCAUGUUCAGAUGCUGAACACUCAGAUUCUGCCCAUUGCAGGCAUAGACUUAUCAAGCAGACUGUCCAGUGUGCCGAAAACUUGGAUGGAGAUCAUUUAGUGGUAAUUGAAGAGACACAGAGGAACUUGAUAGAGGCAGUUACAGAAGCAAUAGUUCACAUUGAACAUGAUGAUAAUGCAGGUUCUCCAUCUCAAGCUGAUGACAUCAUUGGACUGGAAAACACUGUGUCAGACUUGCAAUCAGAAAACACAACAGAAAAUUUGGAAAAAAUUAAUUCACCUGUCCUUUCAGAAAGCUUGUUUACCAUUAAAGAGAAAAAGAAGAAAAAGCACAAAUUAAAGGAACAAGAGGAAGCCGAGUCUGGUGCAGAUACUCAUAGUGCAGACAAUGUUCAAUCAGUUGAGAUGGAUCAGUUCAGUGAGUCACAAACAACUGAGAUGCCACCUAAAAGAACAAAAAAGAAGAGAAAAGACAAAGAGUGGACAAAGACAGCAAAUGUAGAGGACAAUAAUGGUCCAGACAUCCUGCCAAAUGAAACUUGUGAAGCUCCUGAGACCGAACAACCUCAGCACAUACAGACAUCAGAGGAAAUCACAGAAUUCAAAUCAGUGAGAAAGAAGAAGAAGAAAAAGAAUGGCAGUGAUUCUGCUCUGGAUGUAUAUUCAGUGUCUCAGUUUGAUAAUGUCACUGAUAGAUCAACUAGUUUAAAGACUGUUGCAGAAAGACCAAGAGAUGUUGUUGAUCAUACAGAAACUGAAUUAAACGAUGCUGAACACUCAGAUUCUGUCCAGUGUGCUGAGAACUCUCAUUUAGAUCAUUUUUCUGUAAUUGAAGCCAGACAGAGAAACUCUGUGGAGGCAGUAACAGAACCAGCAGUGGAUCAUGAGGAUGACCGGAUGUCAGACAUUAACCUGCUCAACAAAAGCAAUUCUUUGUUGCCACCCCAAGGGGGAGACAUUUCUAUUCAGGAUGAUAUUCAACAGAGUGACAGUGACUUUGGCUCAGAGGAUUUAUUCCGGCCAUUGAACAGUCAUAAAGCGGCAUCUGUUACGGCGAGCAUGGAGGAGAGCGAUCAAGACAGUGAUGUGACUCAAAUAGAGACAGAAGGAAAGCCUGGGUCCAUAUUUGGACCUGGAACACCAAGAUGGUGUGAUGGUGGCCUCCAUGCACAUGAGGACAACGACAGCGAUGAAACUCAAAUAGAGACUGAGGGAAAAUCUGUGUCCGUGUUUGUGCCAGGAACACCAAACAAGCAGUUUACAACUCAAGACAGGAACAGUACCAAACACCCAGAAUCCCAAAAGACAGACCAGAUUCCUCUUGGCCUAAAUGCUGAAAAGAGACAAACAGUGUUGAGAUCUCAUAAGGAUUCUGAUGUUACAGAGGAGACCAUGAAUGUCCAACCAUCAUCUAAACAUUUACCACUAGCUGAUGAACCAUUAAAAAAAGGUUACUCAUUUUCACCCAAGCGCCUCAACUUGAGUAAACGAAGGGCAGAGAUGGAGGAGAUGGAAACAGAUCCUCAGGAAACUCCUUUGUUUAAAAAUGAUGGACUGAGCUUUAUUAAAAAAAAAAGAAAGAAAACGGAUAAAUUGGGUGCCAUUAAUUUCACACAAUGUGAUACAAAUGUAGAUUUAAGCUCUGACUCUCCGGCUGGAGUUGAAACAACACCCAGAGAGAACGAGAAAUCAGAUGAAGUGGAAAAUAGAGUAACGAUAUAUGAAGAGCAAAGGGAAGCAUCAGUUUUGCAUUUGGAGGAGACAUCAGAGAUCUUGGAGGAAAGCGUUUUAUCUACGGUGGCAGAUAACAGUGUUAUCACAAAGGUUAAGAGGAAAAAGAAGAAAAAGUACAAAUUAAAAGAACAUGAGGAUGUAGAGCCAAGUGUAGAAAAUCAGUCGGUUGAGACGAUUCAGUUCAGUGACUCACAAACUGCUGAACUGACAUACAAAAUAACUAAAAAGAAGAAGAGAAAAUAUGUCGAGGAGAACAGUGCUACAGACAUCCCAUCAAAUGAAACUUUUGACUCCGAUAGACCAGCAGAGUUGAGAGGAAAUGAUCAAUCCAGUGAAGUUCCAGAGAUGAAUCAACCUGAGCAUAUACAGACAUCAGAGGAAAUCACAGGAUGUCCACUGCCUAAUGUAACUACACUCAAAUCAGUAAAAAAGAAGAAAAAGAAGAAAAGAGUUGAGACUGAAGAACCAGAAUAUGAAUCUGUUGAACUGGAUGUGAACUCUAUGUCUCAGUUUGAUUAUGUUGUUGGUGUGGUUGAACAACAGGUCAUUAAAGGAAGGCCAAGCGAUGACAACACCGCUGAACAUUUAGAAGGUAAUACAGCACAUAUCUUAACGGUUGCCAAACACAAAAAGAAAAGUCAGAAUGCAAGUUCUUUGUCUCAAAGUGAUGACAUUAUUGGACUAGAAAAACUAGCAUCAGGCUCGCAGUCAGAAAGAGCAGAAGAGCUCUUGGAAAAGAAAACAAAGAAAAAGCAGAAGUUAAAGGAGCAAAAAAAUGCAGAUAUUGGGGGAAAUGUGCAGUUGUUUCAACAAAGUGAUUCAUCAACUACGGAUUUGCUAUCCAGAAAAACAAAGAAGAAGAGAGCAAACAAAGACAGGGAAAGAACAACAGAUCGCUCAGCAAAUGAAAUUUUGGACCACAUGGAUGACAGACCUUCAGAAAUGAAAGGAAAUAAUGUGAUUCAGUCCAUUGAGGCCACUGAGACCAAUCAAUUUGAGCAUUUACAGACAACAGAGGAAAUGACAAGAUGCUCUUCACCCAAUGUAACUAAAUUAAGCUCAGGGAAGAAAAAGAAGAAAAAAGUGAGAAGUGAGAAACAACAUGAAUCUGUUGAUGCCAAUCUGGAUGGGUCUCAGCUAGAUGUCGUCUCUGGGCUGAUAGCACAGAAGAUGAUUGAAAGAAGGCCGAGCGAUGGCAGUGCAGUGGAACAUUUGGAAGGUAAUGCAGCACAUAUGUCAAAGGUGGCCAAACGCAAAAAGAAAAGUCAGAAUGCUAGCUCUCAGUGUCAAGUUGAUGAUAUCAUUGGACUGGAAAACACAACAGAAAAUUUGGAAAAAAUUAAUUCACCUGUCCUUUCAGAAAGCUUGUUUACCAUUAAAGAGAAAAAGAAGAAAAAGCACAAAUUAAAGGAACAAGAGGAAGCCGAGUCUGGUGCAGAUACUCAUAGUGCAGACAAUGUUCAAUCAGUUGAGAUGGAUCAGUUCAGUGAGUCACAAACAACAGAGAUGCCACCUAAAAGAACAAAAAAGAAGAGAAAAGACAAAGAGAGGACAAAGACCGCAAACGUAGAGGACAAUAAUGGUCCAGACAUCCUGCCAAAUGAAACUUGUGAAGCUCCUGAGACCGAACAACCUCAGCACAUCCAGACAUCAGAGGAAAUCACAGAAUUCAAAUCAGUGAGAAAGAAGAAGAAGAAUGGCAGUGAUUCUGCUCUGGAUGUAAAUUCAGUGUCUCAGUUUGAUAAUGUUCCUGAUAGAUCAACUACUCAAGAGACUGUUGAAGAAAGACCAAUUGAUGUUCUUGAAAAUACAGAAGCUGAAUUAAAUUAUACUAAACACAAAAAGAAUAGGAAACAGUCAAGUUUCUCUAUUAAUAACAGUUCUGAGUUCAGCUCUUCUGAUGCACAAAUGCAGGAAACGGUCGCACCUGAGAGGAAGAGGAAGAAAAAAAGAAACUCUGAACACAUCACAAAUGUAGGUGGUGAACUGACUUUGGAAAGUUCUGAUCGUACAGUGCCAUUUGAAAAGUCUCCGAGCCCAAUGUUGACGACUUCUGAAGCAAUUACAAACAAAUCCAAGAGAAAGAAAAACAAGGAAAUGAAUGAAAGCAUAAAUUACAUACCAGAUAAUAGAAAUGCAGAACUAGAAACCAUACAAACAAUGAGGACUGACUCAGUCAUACAACACACCAAUGCAGAAAGACAGUCCAACGUUGGUAACUCGCUGGAAAAUUCUGCAGAUAUUAGAAAGGAAAAAAAGAAGAGGAAGAAGAAUACUGAAAAUAAUAUCAUGGAAAGUUCCAUGUCUCAGAACACUGACUCAGCUGCAGCAGUCAAUGGAGAUGACGCACCCAAAAGACCUGAAAAACAGAUGCAAAGGUGUCAUGACCGAGCAGGAUCUGGGGCAAGAGAAUCAUCUGUGUUGCACAAAAGCAAGAAAAAGAGGAAAAUAAGGGAGGAAAGUUUAUCUGUACUUGAUAGCUAAAACUCUUCAGUGCACAAUAGAAAGGUGUGGGCAGAAGAUGAUGAUGGUAUAUUAGUUACACAGAAUAAUAAGGGAAGGAGGAAAAUGAAAAUGAAAAAGUAAUUAUGCAGUGGCAGAUAGUUUUAGAGCUCAGUUAAACCGUUUCAAAAGAAAAAUAAGCUUGAACUCUUGGGAUUUUGAGACGAGCUAUUUACAGUGUUUUCUGUUCCUGAUAAAUGGCCAAGAAAAAUGUGAAAGCAAAGAGGUUUACAGAUUAAUAUAAACACAAUGUCUAAAUCUUUUAUUAAAUCAUUGUUUAAUUUAUCUUUCAUGAAACACACAAACACCUGUACAUUAUUAUCAAUACUUGUUUUGCAGAUGUGAAGAUGAUCAACAUUCUGAUGACAGUUGGUUUAUUUUUAAUAAAACGUUUUCAUUUGAUUUAUUAAAUCAUUGUACAGCCAAAUUAGACGAUCUCUUCUAGAGCACUGUAUCAUUUUUAUUAUCAGAAACGGUAUUUUAUACAAAAGCAGUGUGUUUGUGUUUGGUCAAUAUAAUAAAGACUUAUUUUAUACACUGAAUCAGUCAACCCAUUUAUAGUAUUUGUAUUAUGGACACUUUGUUACACUGCUUCAGAGAAAUAAAAUAUAACUGGUUUUGCCGUGUGAUAAACAUC